GAAUGCAGGAUCAGCUGUAAACUCGCAUGUAAACCGGAGUUACAGCGAGAAAUACGGCGGAGUUUUUCGAUAUUGACUGGUGGAUUUCAAACAACGCAGCAGCAAUUUGUGGAUAUUUACUGGCAUAAUAAUGUUUUUUGGACUAAAUACUUUACUGGAUUCGAUUGACUGGACCUUUGUGAAUGUAACAAGACCAUGUUUGUGGAAAUACUUUUGACCGGAGGAUGACUAUGAGGCUUCAUUGUGCUUCAUGAAUUUAUUUUAUCUGUCAAACUUGCCCAUCAAAGUCAGUGGGUGGAUCCUAACAUCUGAUUGGUUACCCUGCACAUCAAGUCAAGGCAGAUUGAUUCCAGAUAAUGGAUUGAUGCAGAGCUAGUGAACAUAUUCCAAUACACUGGGUGGCGCUAUUCACCUCUACGUUGAUUUGGAUACUCUAUUAAACAAAACUUUAUUUACAACUGCUAAAAAUCAAGGGGAAGACUCGGCCCUGCUGGCCCCAAUGCUGACACAGCGUGUUAGGUGCAGGACAAAAUGUCGAAAACCUGCCCGGAGCUGCUGAGAGAAGCAGCGAAUUUGAUUGAGGAAGCUCUCAGCAGAACUCCAGCUCUGACGGCUCAGUCACAGCAGAUACCUGCCACUCCAUCACGUACACCUGUCCAAGCCGAGGUAGCAAGACUCUUUGCGCCGUAUAAUGUUAAUGGUGGAGCCAGAAGGAAUAUGACGAGACGACCAGCACAAGUCCAAGUUAGCCGAAGAAGCUACACACACACUGUCUGUUGUUUAGCUGACCACAAGGCAGAUAAAGUUCCAAGCGUACUGCUUAAAGCGGACCUUCUUACUUCAGGACUUGGAGAGCAAAAAGUGACAUUUUCAGGGAAUGACAGCGAUCCCAUGGUUAUAACAAAUAAACUGAUGGAAGUGUUUCCGAAGCUCCAAGAAGGGGGGGCUUUGAAUUUCUAAAAAUUGUAGGAUCUACCCGCAGUCGAAAUCUUGCAUUGCUUCAGUGUCCCAGCACUGGAUACGCCCUUGCCUAUCUGAAAGAUCCAUAAACGAUGAUUGGAUAGGCUACAAUCUACAUACGUCCACUUCAACAGGAUCUACCCUUAGAUUGUGAGAGCUCACGUCAUGCCUCUGGUCCAGUCAUCCCCUGCAUUACUUGUCAGAAGGAAGUUCCCUUUUCAGAGAUGAAGCUGCACAGAUUGAGCUGCAAUGGGGACACCCAUGCAGGAAUCAGAGAGAGAACAAGAGGGAUGCCAAAGUGAAGAAAAUGACAGAGGGACAGCCUUAGUCAGUGACAGUGUUCCAGUGAGGCCUGAAACAUCAGCUGAGAGUGUAGUAGUACCAGCAGUGAUUGACAACGAGGAGUUGGAUCACAAAGAAACAGACACUGAAUGGAAGCUUAUUAAACAACCGGCUCAAGCUGCCAAAGUUUUCAAAGAGAAUCUGCUAAGGGAGCAUGCAUCUGGGAAACCACUUAGAAUAAGGAUGGAUGUAAGGGACUCUGAAGAGGACAGGGAACGGGAACUUCUCUCAUUCUAUAAACAGCAGCAAGAAUGGGCAUGUCCACUUCAUUGUACUCUUGUUGGUGAUGUUGCUGUCGGAGAGGGAGUGAUGCGGUACUUUAUGACAACAAUAAUAUCCAAACUCCAGUUUGGAUUCAGUCUCGAUCUUGGAAGGAUGUUGGCCCACGCCUUUCUGCAUGACAGCCCCCUUGUCACAGGAUUAAGUCCUGCUGUAAUUCAUGUACUGUUCAAUGGGGACCCUGAAAUGGCAACUGUUGUUACAGAAGAUUGUCCUGAUCUGCACAUCAGGAAUAUCAUAAAACUGCUUGAACAUGAAGAACUUACACUGGAACAGAAGGACACAGUUUCAGAUCUUUCCAUGUCUUGGGAUCUUCCGGCAGUCACCAAAACAAAUCGGAGAUGGCUACAUAACAAACUUCUACUCCAUGCAGUCAUUGGGAGGACCAUGCGUCAAAUUAAACAGUUGAGAAAGGGACUGAAAGAUGUGAUGGUAUGGCCCCUGCUGACAUCUAGGCCAGAUGUUGUCCCACUUCUUUUCCCCAAAAUGGCUGAAAUGCAGUUCACACCCCAGAUGCUCCUUGAAAAAAUCACAUGGCCAUGUGAAGACAGUGAUGAUGAAGACUUUGACAUAGAGUCCACAUGCCUCAUCACUAGCUUUCUAAGGAUGUUCAUUGAAACAGCUUCAUCAGGUACACUGGCCCAGCUGCUGACAUUCUGGGUUGGCUGGGAGAUGCUUCCUCCUGAACUGAAGGUGGAGAUUUCUGGGGGAACCCUUCCUACGUCUUCCACAUGCUUUGAAACACUGAAGCUGCCAGCUCAUUUCAAAACCUACAUGGACUUCGAGAAAGCACUUGUCUCUGCCAUAAAUAGUGCACAGACUGGAUUUGGACUUGUUUAAGUUUUUUUCAGACAGAUGGUAUUGCAUGCACUGUUCAGUAUGUCAGGUCAAUUGACACAAGUUUGGUGUCUUUGAAAACAUUUAAACAUACUGUGUAGUAGUUGACAAUUGUUUUAUUCAAAACAUUGUUUCCAUUUACUGAAACCAAACAGUUCUGCAUCUUCAUCUUUCAGUGUUAACAGAACAGCAUUCAUGUCAUUCAUUCUGUGGCAAAUAAUGAAACAGGAAGUAAAGGAGUGUGUUUAAGUUUAGGAAGUAGUGGAGCUGUACAUAAAGUCCAUUUACGAGAUCAUAACAGUGAUUAUGAGCUUUAAGGUAAAACAGCUUUUUUUUUAAGGAAAGCAAACUUUUUCAGUUUAUGCUUGUUUGCUCUAACAUGCUAAAUAAAAGCAUGGGUUGGACAUCAGUCUGCUAUGAUUCUUGAUAAAAUUUGCACAGUCUCUACAUAUGAUCGAAGUGCAUCAGUUACAGAAACUCCUGGAGUUGGCAAAAUGGCAACCUCUUCAUCUGAGAGCUCACGGGCCAGCUGAACCUCGGGGACUGACACAGUGCCUCCAUGAAGACU